GCCUCCUUUGUUAUAUUUCCAUAGGAAGCUGCCCUCUGCAGACAGCUGCCCAUGGAAGCCGAUACUCUGACAACAGUGCAGGCUGCUGCCAACCCUCCUGCCAUGACCUCAGACAUGAGAUCCAUCUCUAAUAAUAGCUCCGAUCCUUUCCUCAAUGGAGGGCCGUAUCAUUCGAGGGAACAGAGCACUGACAGUGGCCUGGGCUUGGGGUGUUACAGUGUCCCUACCACCCCAGAGGACUUUCUCAACAAUAUGGAUGAAAUGGACACAGGAGAAAACACGGGACCAACGCCCAUGAACAUGAAUCCUCAGCAGACCCGAUUCUCUGAUUUUCUUGACUGUCUUCCAGGAACAAACGUUGACCUAGGAACUUUGGAAUCUGAAGAUCUGAUCCCCCUCUUCAAUGAUGUAGAGUCUGCUUUGAACAAAAGCGAACCCUUUCUAACCUGGCUGUAGUCAGUACUGUUGUAACUGGAUGCAGUGUGACCUGCCUGACAUUUCCUGGGCCUCUUGGAAAAUGCGAGGGAGCAGAGGACUUCAGCAGGUGAACCACUUCCUGCCUCAUGACUCAUGCUCCCUCCUUUCCAUGCGGCUAGCUUAGUGAUUGCCUGGAUUUGAUUGGCAGUAACAAGUUAAACACAAAUAUUUUCUUUACCAUUUUGCAAACUUGCGUUCCUGCAACUAGAUUGUACGAAAUUGUUUCUGCAGAACUGAUUAUGCAGAGUUGCUUCUGUUUUUCUUUCUGCUGCCCCUUGACAACAUUUUAUGGGUGUUAGUUAAAUUUAUACAGGUAUUGAUUAUAAACCAUAAAAAUUGACCACAGGCAGUCACUUCUGAUAGGCAGCUCAGUCCAGGAAAUGUACACAAUAUUAAACCUGUUUUGCAGUUUGAAAAACUAUGCUGAUGACAGUAGUACUAAUACUUUUAAAAGUAUUAACUUGAGCUUUAAAAAUAAUUGUAUGGAUAGUAAGAUUCUGCUGUACGGACACAGUAUAGUUCGGAAUUCAUGCUGGUUCUGAUGGUUCUUAUUACUCUGCAUUUACAUCGGCAUGCACAGUCUAUCCUUUGUGAUUUUAUUGCAGUGUCUAGGCAAUUAGUCCUUUGAGCAGGAGGAACGUCGCCACUUUAGUCACCAUUCGUGCAUUGCAGAUUUUAUGAAAGAGACCAGUUUGGUACUAAUUGUGAGCAUUUAUAAAACAAAACUUUUUAAAACUGCAAAAGUUGGAUCUUUUUAAAAUUGCAGCUUAGGAUUUGAUGUUUAUUUUAUAAAGCACCAAUCAUUUUGUAGCUGGUAACAGUGAGCAGCCAACUGUUUUUGAUAAAUCAGCAACAAUGGUGUUUUUGUUUUUUGAAACUAUUUUGAAAACAUCAGGACAAUAUAGGUGCCAGCCUGAGGGCAGGCGCACCCAGUAAUCUGUUGCUUUUUAAACUCUGGAACCUUGUGUGUUUUGCUUUCAAAAUUUUAAGCAUUUACGAUAAUUUUAUCUAUGAUACUGUUUUGAAGGAUGAAGCAGAUCUCUGACUGACGUUAAAAAAAAAAAAAAACGUCUUCUGAAGGCACAUGGUGGAGACAUAUAUUUCUGAAUUCUGACUUCUAAGUAUAAUACCCUAACUUUGUUUGCUACAGUUAGUAUGAAAAGGCAUGAAAUAUGUACUCAAUACCUCUUAUGUAACCAAAAACGUUUUAUUAUUAGCUUUUAAGGACUGAAAGAAAGCAUCCUGUUCACCUGGUGUGCACUCUGACUGCAUUGCCUAUGAAGUCCUAACUGUUUAAUAUUUUGAACUGACAUUAUUUAUAAUCUAUGAAUUUCAUAUUUGUUUUGAAAGACAUUAAUGAUUCAGGUCUCUUAGAGGAAGCUUUCUGUUCCCAAGAGGGCUUAUUUGUUGGGGAUCUUAAGUAAGAUUUUUCUCGAUCUACCAAACAUACAGGGGCAGAAUCCAUUUGAUCUUGUUGGAAAGAAGGCAAGUGAAAAGGUCAGAGAUGAAGCAGUAAAGUGAAGGAAUAUGGUAGAAAGGAUACUAAUUGUGAAAUGGAGAUAGACUUGUUACAGUACCCCAAAAGCAAGAUGAGCAGGAAGUAGGAGAGGUGCCCUGAAAGAACAAAGUAAUCAUUUUCUCCUACAGCCUUUAUACCCAAAAACUGUUGUAGAGGAAAAGAGAGCCUUGGUGCACUUUAGUGGCAGAAAGUGGGGCAGGGCUGUGAGUGCCCUGUUCAUGUGGACACUGAGCAUGAGAGUGGACAAGAGCAUAAACCUGCUGUUGUGUCCAGCACCGUGGAAUGAUUGCAUUUUCCUGAAAUGGCUUGUGUUCCUCUGAUUCUUUCUCUACGUGCACUGAGAGAGAUGGGGGUAGUUGUUUAUGUUGCUACUAAAGUGAAGGGAGAUCUAUUUCUUUUUCUCUUUUAUUAGCAAAAAUUACAAAAAGAGUUGUACAUUCUUUCUAAGAAAAAGAAAAAAAACAAGGGACCUAACAAAACUGAGCAGUGUUACUGUAUUUUUUAAAAAAUAUUUUUAUAGACUCAUUUUCAGGUUAUUAAAUGUAAAAGAAUAUCCCUCUUUUUUUAAAAAAGGUAGUUAAAAUGAUGCUAUGUAUUAUCAACUUUUAGAAGUAAUUUCCUAGUAAGCUUGUGGCAUUAGAAAAUACUAGAUUUUUUUUUAUGAUGAAAUUAGUUGGAACAUUUAUUAAUGAACACAAUAUUUUUCUAGGAUAAAAUAUGGACCCUGAUUAUGUUUUUACUAAUAGAUAAAAUCAGAAAAUAUUUUUUGUUUGUUUUUAAGACCAUCAAUUUUGGCCUUUAUUAGAGAACACUAAAGUUUGAAAUAUAGAGUAAGAAUGAUUUUUUAAAAGAUUUUUCCUGAUAGUGUGUUAUAAACCCCUCCAGAAUUCAUAAUAAGGUGCUACUUAUACUUUCUUAUUAUAAAAAAACUGCCAGGAUAUCUGGUCUGUUUAGCCCUAAAUCAGUAAACAAACUAUGCCAUUUCAUCUAAUAACCUUGCCAUGGUAAAGGCAUAUUCAAAAUUGAAAUUGAAAAAUAAUUUCAGAGAUAUUUCUUUCAAGGUAAUACUUUUCUAAUAGAAUACAUUUUCUUGAAGUAAAUACAUUGUCAAAACCUUUUGCAAUUCUGCUAAUUGUUAUGAUUCAUCAUAGAAUUUAAGACGUGAAAUGACAUUUCUUUCACUGAUUAUACAAUAUAUGAGAAGCAUGUAAAACAGUAAAAAAAUUUUAGUGUACUGGGGGUGCUAUCAACCCAAGUGGCAGUAAAGUCCUCUGCAGAAGAAGGUGAUUGGAGUGAAAGAAGUGUUGCUAAUUACAAGUUGUGUUCUCAUGACAUAAUUAGAAAGUCAUUUUUGAAAGAGCAACUUUUAUAUAAAAAAAUUAAGCUGUUUAAAAAAAAGGAAAUUGUAGAUUAAUUGGGAAAAUGGCUAUUGACAGAGACUAUUUCCCUAAUACAUUACAUCACUUAUAUGCUAGUUCUUUAACUUUUAAAAAAAUUAUUUUCCACAUUUUGUAAUAUGACAUAUGUGUGUUUAUUUUUAACUUAGAAUGCUAUGCGUACAGAAAGUAUGCAGCCAAAUCAAUCAGGUAAAACCAUGUUACCUAGAGUUUGGUACUGGUUUUGACUUGUCUGAUUCUGUAUAAGAAAAAUAAAUACAAUUGAAUUUCCACUUGGAGGCUUUGCCUUUUCUUUAUUU